UAUUGUAAAUUUGGAAGAUUUGACGUGGGUAAUGAACACAAGUUAAUCUCAUUGGAAAAUGACAAAGAAAAGUGUAAUAUACUUUUGGGACCCAGACGUCGGAAAUUUUCAUUAUGGGCCAGGACAUCCAAUGAAACCUCAUCGGUUAUCGGUAACUCAUAGCCUUGUAUUACAUUAUGGUUUAUAUAAGAAAGUUCAGGUUUACCGACCUUACCGUGCAAGUGCCCAUGACAUGUGUCGUUUUCACUCGGAUGAAUAUAUAGAUUUUCUUCAGAGAGUUACUCCUCAGAAUAUUCAGAGUUUUACAAAAAGUUUAAGCCAUUUUAAUGUAGGAGAUGAUUGUCCAGUGUUUGACGGUCUCUACGACUUUUGCUCUAUGUAUACAGGAGCGUCUUUAGAAGGUGCAGUAAAACUAAACAACAUGUGUUGUGAUAUUGCCAUUAACUGGUCGGGUGGUUUACAUCACGCUAAGAAAUUCGAAGCAUCUGGUUUUUGUUACGUGAAUGAUAUUGUGAUAGCAAUUUUAGAAUUGCUGAAAUAUCAUCCACGAGUCUUGUACGUAGACAUAGAUAUUCACCAUGGUGAUGGGGUUCAGGAAGCAUUUUAUUUGACAGAUAGGGUUAUGACAGUUUCGUUUCAUAAAUAUGGAAAUUACUUUUUUCCUGGAACAGGUGAUAUGUACGAAAUAGGGGCUGAGAGUGGACGUUACUACUCUGUUAAUGUUCCUCUUAAGGAAGGUAUUGACGAUCAAAGUUAUUUUCAAGUUUUUAAGCCCGUGAUCCAACACGUGGUAGAGUUUUAUCAGCCAACGUGUAUUGUUUUACAGUGUGGUUCUGACUCGUUAGCAGGAGACAGACUCGGAUGCUUUAAUCUUAGCAUCAGAGGACAUGGAGAAUGUGUUAAGUUUGUUAAAGAAUUAGGUUUGCCAUUGUUUGUCCUCGGAGGUGGAGGUUACACGGUACGAAAUGUUGCUCGUUGUUGGACUUACGAAACAUCUCUUUUAGUCGAAGAAACAAUUAGCAACGAAAUCCCGUAUAACGAGUAUUUUGAAUAUUUUGCACCCGAUUUCUUACUACAUCCUGAAAAUGUAACGAGGCAGGAGAAUGCAAACAGCAGACAGUAUCUUGAAGCAAUUAUAAAAGCCACCACAGAAAACUUGAAAUGUCUCAUUCAUGCUCCGAGCGUACAGAUGCAGGACGUGCCUCCGGAUACGCUGAAUUUUGACAACCCUAAUGAAGACGAUAAUUUAGAUUCUCACAGCCAGAGUGAGGCUGAUGCCAAAGCUGAACCGGCUAAUGAAUUUUUUGAUGGUGAGAAAGAUCAAGAUAAGGACAAUGAAGCUAUUGAAGUUUAGUUUUCUAGAUCGGACAAUAACAAAAUUAAACGUUUCAAAUCAAACUCGAAGGUAUACUAAGAACAGACCUUUGGUGUUCAUUCAUAAUUAGAUGACCUAAUAAGAUCACUGUCAUUCAUCAUUUGAAUUAAGUUAAAAAUACAAAUUUGAUCGAUUUUAAAGUAAGUGAACAUUUUAUAUGUGUUGGUGAUAUUGUGAUUUAUAUGUUUUACAUAAAAGGAAUUUUGGAAAUAUUUGUUAAUAAACUGGACCACUU